ACUUUCCCUCCUUAUUGGAAUCUGUUUCCGGAUCUGACUUGUGGUGCAACUCUGGGUUUUGUUGUUGUUGAUUCAGCUCACCCAUACGACUAUACCAGUUCACUAGUCAAUUGUCCUCGGGUCAUCCGACUGCUGGCCUCAACCAUUUUUUUGUAUCCGUUGCGGUCGGCGCUCAGCGAGUUCCCUCAACAGUAGAUUAAUCAAUUGAUGUACCACCGUCACUCGGCUCCUCCACCCCCGGGUCGGUCUGGUGGCUACCCCCCUCCGCAGCAGCAGUGGCCUCCUCCUCAGCCUUACCAAUAUCCACCGUAUCCGCCUCAAGGCCCUCCUCCAGCGCAUACAUUUCCUCCUCCUGCCCAUCGGAGUUACCCAUCGCCCUACCCCACGCCGCCUCCCCACUCGCCAUCUCCGUACCAGCAUCCUCAUCAUGGUCACACGCAGUCAUGGAGUGCGCCGAGGCUCCCUCCACGCCCGCCCCUCGAGGCGCAGCAAUUCGGCAACGGAGCACCUUCCCACUACCGCUUCCAGUACUCAGCAUGCACAGGGCGGCGCAGAGCCCUACUGAUCGGAAUCAAUUAUUUCGGACAGCCGAAUCAGCUUCGCGGAUGCAUCAACGACGUCACUAACAUGUCGACUUUCCUCCAUGAACGGUACGGGUAUCGGCGGGAGGACAUGGUUAUUCUAACCGACGACCAGAAGAAUCCACUGAGCAUUCCUACCAAGGCGAAUAUACUGCGUGCAAUGCAGUGGCUGGUCAAAGAUGCGCAGCCAAACGACUCGCUUUUCCUUCAUUUCUCAGGACAUGGCGGGCGAACUCCUGAUCUCGAUGGUGACGAAGAGGACGGCUAUGACGACGUCAUCUACCCUGUCGACUAUCGGGUUGCGGGCCACAUUGUGGAUGAUGAAAUGCACAACAUAAUGGUUCGGCCGUUGCGUCCGGGUGUUCGGUUGACGGUGAUAUUCGACUCGUGUCAUUCGGGAACAGCUCUGGAUUUGCCAUACGUCUAUUCGACUCAGGGCAUCUUGAAAGAACCAAACCUCGCCAAAGAAGCAGCACAGGACCUGUUCAGCGCCAUUAGCUCAUACGGGAAAGGGGAUCUGAGCGGAGUCGCGAUGACGGCGAUUGGGUUUCUCAAAAAGGCCGCAAAAGGCGACUCCGCACGUCAGCGGACGGUGAUGACCAAGACAUCUCCGGCAGAUGUGGUCAUGUUUUCUGGUUCCAAGGACACACAGACGUCAGCGGACACAUUCCAGGACGGAGAAGCUCGUGGUGCUUUGAGCUGGGCUUUCAUCAAGUCCUUGAGACAGUGGCCGAAUCAGAGCUAUCUGCAGCUACUGAACUCGAUUCGAGCAGAGCUCGAGGGGAAAUACACACAGAAGCCGCAGCUGAGCUGCAGCCAUCCACUAGGUGGGUCAACUUGUACAACAUUGAUUUGCGAACUAACGUAGCAACAGAUGUGAACCUCCUUUUUGUGAUGUGAAUGAUACUCGGGGAUAUGAAUUAUGAUUGAUGGAUGAUAUGACUGUGACCUUUUGAUAGCAGGGGUUCCAUCGACUUUAUUGUAUGUGGCUAGCGUUCAGA